GAGGAGCGGGAGGAGGAGGGGGCCGGGCUGUUUUUCUGCAGAGUUUGAGACCAAGUGAGACAAAGCGCCGGCGGGCCAGGCGGGCGCCAUGGAGCUGCGGGCCUGGGUCCUCCUCUGGAGACUUGUGCUUCUGCAGAGUUCUGCCGUCCUUCUGUCCUCAGGGCCAUCUGGGCCCGCGACCUCCGACAGCUCCGUGGUGUCCGAGUCCGCAGUAAGCUGGGCAGCAGGCGCCCGGGCAGUGCUGCACUGCCAGAGCCCGCGCAUGGUGUGGACCCAAGACCGGCUGCACGACCGCCAGCGCGUCGUCCACUGGGACCUCAGCGGCGGCCAGGCUGGCGGCCGCGCGCGCCGACUGGUGGAUAUGUACUCUGCGGGCAAGCAGCGCGUGUACGAGCCGCGCGACCGCGGCCGCCUCCUGCUGCCUUCCUCCGCCUUCAAAGAUGGCAACUUCUCGCUGUUCAUCCGAGCGGUGGAGGAGACUGACGAGGGGCUGUACACUUGUAAUCUUCACCACCAUUACUGCCACUUCUACGAGACCCUGGCCGUGCGCCUCGAGGUUACCGACGACCCCCAGGCCACCGGCGCGCACUGGGACGGCGAGAAAGAGGUGCUGGCUGUGGAGCGUGGCGCGCCUGCGCUGCUGACGUGCGUGAACCGCGCGCACGUGUGGACCGACAAACACGUGGAGGAAGCGCAGCAGGUUGUGCACUGGGACCGCCAGCCGCCUGGGGUGCCGCACGACCGUGCGGACCGCCUGCUCGACCUUUACGCGUCCGGCGAGCGCCGCGCCUACGGGCCGUCCUUCCUGCGCGAUCGCGUGGCGGUGGAGGCGGACGCGUUCGCGCGCGGCGACUUCUCGCUGCUCAUCGACCCGCUGGAGCCGGCAGACGAGGGCACUUACUCCUGCCACCUACACCACCACUACUGCGGCCUGCAUGAGCGCCGCGUCUUCCACCUGAGAGUCACCGAGCCAGCCGCCCGGCCGCCCCCGCCCCCGCGGGACUCCCCGGGCAAUGGCUCCAGCCACAGCGGCGCGCCCGGCCCAGGUGCAGGAGAUCCCACGCUGACGCGAGGCCGCAGCGUUAUCAACGUCAUCGUCCCAGAGGGCCGGGCCCACUUCUUCCAGCAGCUGGGUUACGUGCUGGCCACCCUGCUGCUCUUCAUCCUGCUGCUCAUCACGGUCGUUCUGGCCACCCGGCAGCGCCGCCGUGGAGGCUACGAAUACUCCGACAAGAAGUCCAAGUCCAAGGGGAAAGACAUGAACAUGGCAGAGUUUGCUGUGGCCUCCGGGGACCCGGCUCUUUACAGGAGUGAGGACAUUCGACUAGAUUACAAAAACAACAUCCUGAAGGAGAGGGCUGACCUGGCCCACAGCCUCCCGCCUGCCAAGAACAUCGACUUGGACAAAGAGUUCAGGAAGGAGUACUGCAAAUAAGGCGACUCCAGGCUCCUGGCUGGGCCAGCAGCUCUGCCAACUCUUGUCUGUCCACCUCGGAGGACUCUUCCUGACCCCCACGCAGCUCACCUGGCCCCCCUUCCAGCGGCUGGUCCCGCUGUCCAGGAACUUGGCCUGGACUGGUGCAGAGUGAGGCUGCCUCCAGGCCCUCAGGACCACCUAGUCUUCCGACACGCUUGUGGGCUCCCUGGAAUCUGCCAGUGCUGCAGCCCGCCCCUUCAGCAGCCCUUACCAGGUGCCCUUCUCCCCUCACGUGGCCAAGACCCUGCUGAUGUUCACCAGUCCCUCAGGCUCUCCUGGCCUCUGCGCACCAGGGGCUGGGAGCCCCACCUCUGCAGGGGUGCGGGCAGGACAGGCUCAGUGGGGAUUCUUGGGGUCUGGGUCAGCCUCAGGGCUGGCAGUCCUACCUUCCUCAGGAGAGCUGCCUGCUGGCUCCCCUCGACUGCACCCCACGUUACCCCGCCAGACUGUGGCGGGCUCUGCAUGGCAACCCAAAGCCUAUGCAUUCCAGGCCUGGGGCUAGUGUCUCUUUGCACUGCGUCUGGCCACCUGGGGCCACCUCUCUGCUUACCCUGCUCCAGCCCCGUUUCCAACAAGCUGCCUUGACAGUCACUGGGCUCCACGUGACUUCUGACCUUGACCCUCUUCUCUCAGCCCUUCCCUGGGCUGGAGUCCAGGGACGAGGCCUCAUUGACUCUGUUUUGGCCGAGGACCGGAGGAUGGUGUCAAGAUGGUCUUAGAGUGGCUAGUGCUGCCACUCCCAACACCCCACACUUGCUCAUCCUGGGGAAUUGCUAUCGUCUCAAUAAAGACCACAUCGAUUUUA